GAGGAGAGGGCGUGGCGCGAGGCUGAUGCGGCGCGGGGCUCUUCCUCGCGCUCUCCAGCCCGCUCUGCUGCUGCUACCGCCGCCUCCGCGGUCGUUUCUGGCCGCCUGGCCGCGGGGCUCGCCUGCAAGGUUCCUGCUGCUGUCUCUGGAGCAUGGCAGGCUGCUGAGGUUGAGUGGCAGUGUCAAGUAGGAGCUGCGUGUCUUGCCCAGUGGCAGGGAGCGUGUCCAUGGCUGCAGCCAACAGAGGCAGUAAGCCCAGAGUCCGAAGUAUCCGCUUUGCAGCAGGCCAUGAUGCAGAAGGCUCCCAGAGCCACGUCCACUUUGAUGAAAAGCUGCAUGACUCGGUGGUCAUGGUUACUCAGGAGAGUGACAACAGCUUCCUAGUCAAGGUUGGCUUCCUGAAGAUCCUGCACAGGUAUGAGAUUACCUUCACUCUGCCUCCCGUGCGCAGACUGAGCAAGGACAUCCGUGAGACCCCUGUCCACAGCUUGCACCUCAAGCUGCUCAGCGUCACACCCACCUCAGAAGGUUACAGCAUCAAGUGUGAGUACUCGGCACACAAAGAAGGUGUUCUCAAAGAGGAGAUGCUCCUGGCCUGCGAGGGUGACAUAGGCACCUGUGUGCGUGUGACGGUGCAGGCGCGGGUCAUGGACCGGCACCACGGUACACCCAUGCUGCUGGAUGGUGUCAAGUGUGUGGGCGCCGAGCUGGAGUAUGACUCGGAACAGAGCGAUUGGCACGGCUUCGACUGAGGCCUGGGACCGUGCCUGCCUGCCUGCCUGCCUGCCUGAGCCCCUGAGCCUUAAACUUCACCUGCUCCCCGACAUGCUGCGUGACGGUGUGGCUUCCUCACCUCUCCCCUGGUGGGCAUGGCAGGGCUAGACUUUGCUCAUGCCCCCCCCCCUUCUGCCUUCAUUCCUUCCACCACCCUGCCUCUCCAGUCUCCUCCCCCACUUCCUCCUCUCCCAUGUGCCUGAGUCUCCUGACCGAAGAAAAGGGUUGAGCCCCAAGGAGGCUAUCUGAGAGGAGGGACCUGGGGUGGGGUUUACCUCUUCCACCCCAAGCCAUAGGGGGCUCUAGCUAGGGAUUGGGAGGGGACAGGUGGCUGUCUGUGUGACAUUGAUGCCCCAUUGCUGCUGCUACUGUCGUCUCCCCUUCUCCACCUCUGCUGCCCUCAUCUCCCUUCCCCACUGCUGGUUGUGUGGUGAGGAGGUUCAGUUCCUAGCCCCUACCCCCUCAGGUCUGUGGUACUUGGUUUUUAAAUGACUGGUUGGGAUAGAGACCUCAAUAAAUAAAAACUCCGGUAGAUUUCAGA